GUCUCGGAACUUUGCCAAUUGACAUCAUGCAGUGCAUUCAUUGAUUGAUUUGAAGUUGCUGGUGCAGCAGCAGUGGAAUGGCGGUAUGGCGGCAGCCGCGCCAGCAGAGAUGACUCGUGAGCAGCCCGAACCACUACCCGAGAGCUGCUGGAGCUGAGCAGAGCAGAGCUGGCCCUCAAGCCUCGAAGUAUUCUGCUGGCUUCAACGUGGGCAACAUCACUGCCUGAGGUUGCCAACAGCAUCGCCCUGCCCAUGUUUCGCAGACCGUGGUGCAUUGCUUUUGCAAGUCAAGGCUAACCUGUGUUGGCAAAGAGCUGCGUCUUGUAGCCAGUACAGAUGCAUCCCCAGAUGAGUGCAAGGAGCCUUAUCUCUGCGUCGCGGCAAAACUUUAGCGGAUGGACCGUCACCAUUUUUGAACAGUGGUCAUUGGCUGGCCUUUCACUGAGGCACAUUCCUGUCCCCUGUCGCAGCCGGUUCACAACCAGUCCAAAUGUGCAGAAGCGCCAACGAAGAAUUUCAGAGGUCGCGCGACACUCGAGCGCCCAUGCGGUUAGCGCUGGCGACGGCUGCCUCAAAAAGCAGAGGUUGCCCACUGGGAGAGUUGACGUUGGCUACCGUCCCGCAUUCCCACUGCAGUCGCACAUUGGUUUACAAGCAAAGAAGGCUGGCAGAAUCUUGAGAUCCCACCAACUGAACAGCUGGUCUGCAAUUGCACGUCACAGCAGAGCCUCUUCUAGGGCGCCAGCUGCCACUGCCACCACCAUUGAUGCGGCCCUAUCGACCGCCUCAGAUCAACAGCAUGUCCGCACUGACCCUAUUUCCACAAGCCUCACUUCUAACACCCACCACUCGCCCAACACAGCUUCCCCCCUCUCAGACUGGGUCGUUGAGUGGCAAACUUCCGAGAUGGCGCGCUGGCUCGCCGCCCGCGGUGAGAAUUGGCUCCUCGUGGAGGGCCCCAUGCUGCCGCGCGACCACCCGACACUCGGACGGGGCUUGUUCACAUCAAAAGCGGUGAACAGGGGAGAGUCUCUGGUAGAAGUGAGCAGGGGCCUCAUUGCAACCCCCCAGAGUUUGGCUGAGGAGUUGCGGGAUGCGCUUCCGGAUGAUGUCACGGACUGGGGUCGAAUGGCGGUCUUUUUGACGCUGGAGCGACGGAGAGGGGGAAAAAGCGAGUGGGCGCCGUACGUGCAGGCGAUGCCCCCCCUGGAGGAACUGGACAGUACUGUCUUUUGGAGCGACAGUGAGCUGGCGCUCCUCCGCGGGUCCAACCUCGCUGACGUCACCCGCGAGCGGCGCCGCAUGAUGGCCGCCGAGUACGACGCCCUGCGGCCCGUCAUGCAAUCCCGUCCCGACCUCUUCGACCUCGUCCCCCUUUCCGAGUCUGAGUUUCAGCACGGCUAUGCGCUAGUGUGCUCUCGGGCCUGGAUGAUCGAAGACCUGGACCACAUCUCGAUGAUCCCGUUCGUCGACUUCUUCAACCACGACGGGGGCUCGAUCUCGCAUCUCUCUUACGAUAAGGAGGCGGGGCUGGCGUAUAUUGAUGCGGACCGCGACUACGAGCCCGGCGAGCAGGUGCUCAUAAGCUAUGGGGAUGCGCCGAACGCGACGCUUGCGCUGGACUUUGGGUUCACGCUGGCAGAGAACCAGCACGAUCAGAGGGCAGUCUGGAUGCCGCUCCCCACUGCCGACCCUCUCAAGCCACGGAAAGCGGAGUUGCUGCGCGCGGCCUUCGACCUGCAAGCAACCACCGGAGGGGACCCGGACGGCGGUGCCUGGUUCACACUAAAGGAGUCCAAGUCUGGCGCAGCCGGCCGUGGCGAGGGGAUCCCCCGACGGCUGCAGGCCUUCCAGCGGGUCGUCAGCGCGACGUCAGCAGAGUUGGACCAAAUGGAGGCGGCCACAAAGCGCGGCAAGCGGCUCGCGUCCCGUGGCUCGCUUACGGCGGACCGAGAAGCUGAGGCGCUGCUCGCGCUUCUAGUUCGGCUGGAGGACAUGUACGACACGUGUCGCGAGCAGGAGGCACGGCUGGCGGAGCUGUUGCGGGGCGGGGAGAGUCCCCGAAACGGGUUGCUUGGAAACGACGCGUUGAAAGCUGAGUCUUUGGAGUUCGACGGGGACGUAGAUGCUGGGGCGUUGGGCUUGCAUCGUAGUGUUGCGGGUGAGGGGCAUAAGAACGAGGAUGGCGGUUCGUCGGGUUCUCGUCGAAAAGCCGACAAUUCGGUAACGGCAAAGUCGACCAGAAGCUCGGAGCACGUUCUUUCAGACGAUAGUGUUGGUUUGGACGGAGAGAAGGUCGCGAGGCGACGGGUGCAGAUGGCGUAUGACGUGUUGAGGGGCGAAGCGCGGGUGCUGAGGUCAGCGGUGGCCUGGUUGAGGCCUCGAUCAACAGGCGGUGGAUUCGAACAUUUGUUGUACAGCGGACGAGGUCUCGCUUCAAUGACGCGGUGAACGGUGCCUUUCGUGGCCAUUGUGAGGCCGUUCGGUUGGCGGGGGUUCGCGUGAUAGCGGUCGCUUCAGUAAUGAGACGGUCCUCCAAGCGUUUCUGUGGUCGACUAAGCCGAUGCUUCAUUUGAUUCAGGAUGACAUGCUGCGAGUUUACGGAUUUUGCAUGAGCGUGCAUGUGGCGUUUGGAUAG